UUAGUUAACUUAUGAGAAUAAUAAACUUAAUGGUAUCAGAAAUAACAAUUAGCUGAUUGUUGGCUUGAUGAUUUCGUUUAGUUGAUUAGAAUUUUUUAUCGUAUUGUUGGACUUGUACUUUCAAUGUUUCAAUAGUGUCAAAAGGAAAUGUUAAUAACGAUGACGGUGAUGGAAUUAAAAUUUAUCAUUAAAAUUGAUAUAAUUUCCGGUUAAUGAGAGUAAACGGAACAACCAGGAAAGAGAAUAGAGUUGAAUCGGGUUGUGAUAUGUUUCUAUGGUUUUCUUCAGCAUUUAGAGUAACAGUAAAUUCAUUGUGAAGGGCAAGCGCAAUUUUCCAUUGAUUACAAGAGUGGGAGGAAGAAGAUGAUGGAGAUGUGAUGGAGAUGAUGAUGAUGACAAGCUUCUCUUUUCUAUUUUUCUCUCUCUCUCUCUCUCUACAUUUUUCUCUUCCUAAAUUCUCUUUUCUUAUCCAUUCCUGUUUCCUCUCUUCCAAUGUAAACAUUUUUCAACCUUUUCUCUCUCAGUGAGAUCCCUUAUUCCCUGCAAAUUGGCUCUCUCUCUCUUCAUGAUUAAUAUUAUUUCCUUCAUCUUCUUUGGUGCUCCAAAUUAUUUUACACCAUCACCAUCAUGUGGAGAUGACAAGCAAUGACUAUUUUACCUUCUUAAAGCCAAACUGAUGAUCAAUUCUGUUUAAUCAGGGUGUUCAAUAGAAAUACAAUUAACAAUCAACUUCCUCUUUUAUCCUACUGUUCGUGUGGUAAGUUAUUAUCCACCACCAUGAUUCAAUAUCACCAGAACUUGAUUGUGUCCACCAUUAUGGUCUUAUGUUUUUUACCAUUUCUCUGGUCAGUGAAAUUUGAUUCACAAUCUCCCAUUCAAAGAGUUACUGAUCAUCUAAAUGAUUCUACAAUUUCUAAUACUUCCACAUCUUCACCAUCAUCAUCAGUAAAUUUAUUUAAUUCUGUCCAAAGUGAUCAUAAUUUUUUAAACACAACAUCUCCAUCUCCAUCACCAACUAAUACAACAGCAACAUUAUCAUUGUCAAAUUUAUCUCCAUCAUCAUCAACAACAAAAUCUUUUCCAUCGUCAACAAUAAUUAACAAUUCAGUUUUGCCAAAAUCAUCAGCUGAUAUUGAAUCAAGUUCCAAUAAAAAUGAUUCAACAGCUGAUUCAAGUCUUUCCACAGCCACCAUGAGCACCAAUAAUUACACCAGGAUAACAUUGAUGACCGAUAUUAAUUUGAAUCAACCAGUAACAACAAUUUUAUCCAGUCAAUCUCUAUCAACUAGUCAACAACAACAACAACAAGAUCAACAGCAACAAUCAACAAUUAAAACAUCAUUUCCUCCUCCAUUCCUGGAGUUUGUUGCUCUAUCAGCGGUUCUCCUAAUAAUUACCGUGGCUUUGCUAGUCGGUGCUAUUUACGGCUGUGUUAAAGUCUAUCACACUCGUUAUCCUAUUCGAAUUACCUUUGGCCGGAAAUUUUCAACCUUCGAGAAUCCAAUUUAUGUACAAAAAGCGUCCUCGUCGUGUGAGAUUGACACUUCGAGGGAAAACCAAGCAGGUCCAACAGAAUUGGAUUCCAAUGUGAAUCUUCAAACAAUUUACGCAUAAUCUAUUCCUUGAAUGGGUAAAAAAAUGGAAUCACAAUCAAUUAAUUGUCUUCAUCUUAAUUCUCAAUGAUCUCAUGGAUUUUAAUUUAUUUAAUUCUUUUGACUAGUUAACCAAAUUCAACAUACAAAUCAGUCAACUUUUAAUUACCAAUCGAAACCAUUUUAAACUGAUUUAAUCUUUAAUCAAAUUAACUUAUGCUCAUAAGCAUUUUUUUAAUGUAAUUAUUAAUGAUAAUUAUUAUGUGAUAGUUAAUUGAUAAUAAUUAUAUUAUUAUAUUUAUUGUUGAUUACUAUUCACACCGAACAAUUAUUUAUUGUAUCAAAUAGAAAUUAUCUUGAUGUAAAAUUUUAAUAACUUCUUGUGAAAGAAAAAACCAAACAAUUAGACUAACACAAUCUAAGAAAGAAACACCUAAAUUGUUCACUUAUCGUUGGUUAAUUAUAUUAAUUAUCUCAAUCAAAUUGUAAACAAUUAAAUCCAAUUAAUACUUUUGGUCAUCAGUCUAUGGAAAAAAUUUCUCGACCGAUUUUCACUUUGUUUUCAUUUUUGGCACUUUCUCCUCUUUACUUAUCAAUAAUCAUCGGCAAAUAAUUUAAUUGUAAAUUAAUCUUUAAUUUGUGUCAAUUUAAUUGAUUAAAUUUUCCAAAAAGUUAAAUUAACUAAAUUUUGCGAAAUUGUCAAAAAACAAUCUAAUCAUAUUAUCAUCAUUUGUCCAAUCAUAACCAAGUGAACGAGAAAAAAAGUUACACUUGAGAAAGAAUUUAAUUGUAACAAUCAGGAAUAAUAAUUAACGAAUAAUUUUACAUUAAAUAAUCAAAUUAAAGAUCAAACAAUUAACAAAUUAA